AUCCAUUUCUCUUUGAUCAGCGCGAGAUCAUCUGCAUUUUCUAAGUGCAUUUUCAAAGCGCCCUCUCUGUUAGGGUAUUGAACACUUGAAGAAGCAAAAAUGGUGCUCGAAAGUACAAUUGUUUGUGUGGACACCAGUGAGUACAUGCGGAAUGGAGAUUUCCUUCCAACACGUAUCCAGGCACAGCAGGAUGCAGUCAACCUUGUGUGUCUCUCCAAGACACGCUCUAAUCCUGAAAACACUGUCGGACUCAUCACCCUCUCAGACGUAAAAUGCCUAGUAACCAUGACAAAUGAUGUUGGUCGUAUCUUGGCAAGGCUUCACCAAGUAUCUCCUAAUGGCAAGCUGAGCUUCAUCAUUGGAAUCAGAGUAGCACAUUUGGCAUUGAAGCACAGACAAGGCAAGAAUCACAGGAUGAGGAUUGUUGCAUUCGUUGGAAGCCCAGUGGAGAGUGAAGAGAAAGAGCUUGUUAAAAUGGCCAAGAAAUUGAAGAAAGAGAAGGUGUCUGUGGAUUUGAUCAACUUUGGAGAAGAUAGCGUGAACACAGACAAGCUGACAGCAUUCAUCAACACUAUCAAUGGAAAUGAGGGCACAGGGUCUCAUCUGGUCACCAUUCCUCCCGGUACGAUGCUGUCCGAUGCUUUGAUGAACUCCCCAAUCAUUGUAGGAGAAGAUGGAUCUGGUGCUGUACCAGGGCUACCUGGAGCAAGCGGUGGAGAUUUUGAGUUUGGCUUUGAUCCUUCCACAGACCCUGAAUUGGCCAUGGCCUUGCGUAUCUCGAUGGAGGAGCAGAGACAGAGGCAAGAAGAUGUCACCAAGGAGCCUGGUGAUGGUACCACCGAUAAACCAAUUGCUCAACCAGCAGAUUCCGAGGAGGCUCUUUUGGAGCAAGCUUUGGUGAUGUCCAACCAACCAAUGAGUAGCUUUGAGGAAACACCUACACCAGACCUAGGAGCUAUGACAGAAGAAGAACAGAUUGCUUAUGCUCUUCAGAUGUCUCUAAGACAAACGGUUGUAGCUGAUCUGCCAUCAUCAGCUGAGCCUUCGUCUCAACGAGAAACUCCUAUGGAAACAGAUACACCUGCUACAGACUCAGCAGCAUCAAAGCCUGACGAUGAUUUCUCUGAGGUGAUGAACGAUCCUGAAUUCCUUCAGAGUGUCUUGAGCACCCUACCAGGGGUUGAUCCUACCAGUGAAGACGUCCAGAGAGCUAUGGGCAAUCUCACACAACCAAAAGACUCAGACAAAAAGGAGGAUAAAGAUAGCAAAAAAUGAUUCAAUCAGUUCAUGUCACUUUAUGUAUUUGUUUAGGAUAAGCAGUUUGUAUAGUAAAAAUGUUACUGGACAUAAAAUGUUGAAGAAUCCACAUUUAAUGAAUAAGAGUCCUAUCUAAGCCGAUGUCGUUUAAAGUGCAGAUAAUACAUUACAUCAGCUUAUAGAAGACAAUUUACUGUAGAAAAUUGUACAUUGUUAGUUGUAAGCUUUGUAACACAAUCCUUUUUCCCAGCAGGGAUGGUGGCAAUUAAAUAAUUUUCUUUGGAAAACAGAAAGGUAAAAUAAAUUCCUUAGCAUUAGAUAAAAAGAAAAUAAUUCACUUGGGGCAAAAAUGUUUUUUCAUGUACGACUCUGAGAGCAGUUAUGGAAUUCUUAUUUGAACACAGGUAUGAGGUGAGAGAGGAUUUCUUUUCUUAGUUAAUACAAGAAGACAUUUUAACUUUUCUAACCAAACACCUGCCAAUUAUUCCACUAUUUUAUUAAUGAAUUUAAUACACACAUGUUUGCAGCAAUAUAGCAAUUUGAAAUUACAUGUUUGAGAUGAAUGACUACUACGUAAACCUUAUGGCAUUAUUUAACUGAUGUUUAUGCCUUUGUUGAACUGAGAAUGAUAUCCUUCUUGUUUUAAAAGAGCUUUCUAGUUGCAUGUCAUACAGGUAAAAGCUCUGGUGAUCAACAGCUGCAAUUUGAUAAUUGCUAAGCUACUAUGAAUUUUCAAUGACAAGUACACACAACGUCCCUACAGUUUGAUCGCACACCUUUUUCAUUCAAACUAAAACGUAUGCUUCUUAAAUUGUUACUUGGACUGUUUAAUGCCUACAAGUAAUUUUGCACAAUGAAAAUGUUUUUCAUUGCCUGUAAUUCACAUGAAGAACACUCUCUAGCACCACCUUUGACAUGUUUUACCGAAUCGUUUUAUGCAAUCAUGCGAGAUGGUCGUCAUACCGGAUAAAGUGUUUUUGCAUAAUUUGAGAUGCUAUUUAACGCAUCCUCCUUUACAUGGGAAUAGGUAAAAACAUUAUUUAUUUACUGGUUUGCUGCAUCACUGUUGGUUGUACCAGUUGACGCUUACCUUUCUGAUGGAAAAAAACACAGUAGGUGAACAAAACCACAAUGCUACCAUCUGUGACAUUUAUUCUGCUGAAUGUAUUUGAUAUGGCACAUAUAUGGCAUUCACCCUUAAAAUGUUUGAAACAUAAAUGUAUGGAAAAUACAUGUACCUAUAUCUUUUAAAUCAUUCAUGCAUGUCUUCACUCAGAGUUAUUUUAAUUUCAUCAUUAUUUAUCUUAAUUUAUAAUUAUGAUCCUCUCCCAUUCCAUCUCUCUUCUCUGUACUAUAUUUUGUCUGUUUAGAGGCAGAAGGACGUUAACUAUGUGUUUAACGAGUUAACGCCCUUCUGGCUUGAAACAGACAAUUCCAUUCAUACCCUCCAUACAACAUGAAAUGGAGUAUUUGCAUUUAUUGGUAAAUGAUAAAUUGCUUGCACUUUGCCACUCUCAUGUAAGUGCAGUUGUUUCUGAUUUGUAGACAUUUUGAUGUAAAGGAAUAUGUUGGAAGAUUAAAUGUAUGAAGACAAACAAAAA